AUGCAGGGCAGCUGGCUGGCGGUCAUGUGGGCGGGCGGCUCGACGCGGUGCCCGGAUGCUCGUUGCCCCCAGAAGCGUUAUGAGUGCAACGUGUGUGGCAAGGCUUGGCAGAGCCCAAGACAGCUGGAGAUUCACCAGCGGGUGCAUACGGGAGAACGCCCCUUUGACUGCUUGGAGUGCAGCAAGAACUUCGCUAACUAUGACAGCCUGCUGGAGCACAACCGCGUGCACUCCGACGAGAGGCCCUUCAACUUCUCCGACUGUGGUAAGAGCUUCAAGGCAGCGCACGCCCUGAAGGUCCACCAGUGGGUGCACGCGGGCGAGAAGCCCUAUGCCUGCUCCACCUGCAGCAAGGACUUCAAGACGGCACAGGAACUGCAGAUUCACCAGCGGGUGCACACGGGCGAGAAGCCCUAUGGCUGCUCCACCUGCGGCAAGAGGUUUGCCCAGUCGUCGGGGCUGCAGGUGCACCAGCGGGUACACAGCAACGAACGGCCCUUCACCUGCUCCAACUGCGGCAAAGGCUUCAAGUCGUCCACGGAACUGAAGGGGCACUGGCGCCUGCACACCGGGGAGCGGCCCUACACCUGCAGCGACUGCGGCAAGGGCUUCACCCACUCCCACAGCCUACUGGUGCACCAACGCACCCACAGCGGCGAGCGCCCCUUCAUAUGCGCCCAGUGCGGCAAGGGCUUCACCCGCUCCACCUAUCUGCUGGUGCACCAGCGCACCCACACCGGCGAGCGCCCCUUCACCUGCGCCCAGUGCGGCGAGGGCUUCUACUGCUCUACUCGGCUGCUGGCCCACCAGCGGGUGCACUCCAGCGAGAAGCCCUUUGGCUGCUCCGACUGCAGCAAGGACUUCAAGACGGCGCAGGAACUGAAGAUUCACCAGCGAGUGCACACGGGCGAGAAGCCCUAUGGCUGCUCCACCUGCGGCAAGAGUUUUGCCCAGUUGUCAGGGCUGCGGGUGCACCGGCGGGUACACAGCAGUGAGCGGCCCUUCACCUGCUCGGACUGCGGCAAAGGCUUCAAGUCGUCCUCGGAACUGAUGGUGCACAGGCGCCUACACACCGGGGAGCGGCCCUACACCUGCAGUGACUGCGGCAAGGGCUUCACCCGCUCUGACAGCCUGCUGGUGCACCAGCGCACCCACACCGGCGAGCGGCCCUUCACCUGCACUCAGUGCGGCAAGGGCUUCACCCGCUCCUCCAGGCUGCUGUCCCACCAGCGGGUGCACACCAGUGACCGUCCCUUCCCCAGCCCAGUGUGUGGACAACACUUUACCAUGGCCUCCCAAACCCUGUCACUGGGUGAAUUUUUUUUCCCCCAUCUCAGUCCUAAAUGGCCGGCCUCUGGUUCGGGUUUCCACCGCCUCCUCGACUCCAAACCUACCUGGAAUGGCCGGCCGAGCCCAGCCGCCGACCAUUCCUCUGGACACAGCCCAAGAAGCUGCUGGGGAAGGCGGAUGCCAAGGCUUGCUCCCCUCCCCCUCACCCCUCUCUCCUCUACUGCCCCAUCCUCAUCUACCGCUGCUCCCCCCCCUAUCGCCCCUCCCCCAUCCAUCCCUCCCCGACCCUCCGUCCCCCACCGCCCCUCUCUCGCCUCUCACCCAUCCCUCACCUCCCGACCCUCGCUCUCCUCCCUUCCGGGCCCGCCGCACCCUCAAUUGUGA